AAUAACAGUUGGUGGUACUUUGUAUCCAAAACCUUCACAGGCAAGUUGAGUCUUUAGCGCGUUUUGGCGCAUCAAGCUCUCGAGUAUAUCGGAGGUUUCAUAAGAGGAGCACAGCGCGCUCCACUUUUAAUCACAUUAGGAUCCUUUAAUGUUCAAUCCUCUUUUUUCCCCCCCUUUCCUACAGUAGCGGAGCAGGAGUGGCCAAAGCCUAAAGCAGCGAUUCAGAUCAGAUUUCACCUAAACCAGCUGGGAGAGAGACCGAGAGAGAGAGCAGAGAGAGGGUUUGUCAGUCUCCCUCCUCCCAAAUCCAGAAAAGCUUACCAAGGAAAAAGGAGGAGUGGGCUGGGAGAGAGACACCGAGGAAUCCAGAGGAAUUUCCGAGGAUAUUUUCUCUUCUUUUUUCCCCCCUCUUGAUAUUAAAAUUUUAAAAGUUGGAGUGGAGGCAGCAGGGACCGUGGUCAAGGAUGGAUGACCAGCCUCGGCUGAUGCACUCCCACGGGGUAGGCAUGGCCGGACACCCCGGCCUGGCGCAGCAUAUGCAGGAUGGCACGGCAGGGACGGACGGAGAGGGAAGAAAGCAGGACAUCGGAGACAUAUUACAGCAAAUAAUGACCAUCACAGACCAAAGCUUAGACGAAGCACAGGCGAGGAAACAUGCACUCAACUGCCACAGAAUGAAACCGGCUCUCUUCAACGUCUUGUGUGAAAUAAAGGAGAAAACAGUGCUCAGUAUUCGAGGUGCCCAGGAGGAGGAGCCUCCAGAUCCCCAGCUGAUGCGACUGGAUAACAUGCUGCUGGCAGAGGGCGUGGCCGGACCGGAGAAAGGCGGCGGGUCGGCAGCUGCAGCCGCCGCCGCGGCGGCCACUGGCGGCAUUGGCGCAGACAACUCAGCAGAGCACUCUGACUAUCGGGCCAAGCUGUCUCAGAUCCGGCAAAUUUACCACACAGAGUUGGAGAAGUAUGAGCAGGCGUGCAAUGAGUUCACCACCCAUGUGAUGAACCUGCUGAGGGAGCAGUCUCGAACACGACCCAUCUCGCCCAAAGAGAUCGAGCGCAUGGUCAGCAUCAUUCACCGCAAGUUCAGCUCCAUUCAGAUGCAGCUGAAACAGAGCACCUGUGAGGCUGUUAUGAUCCUGCGCUCACGCUUUCUUGAUGCCAGACGAAAAAGGAGGAACUUCAACAAACAGGCGACAGAGAUCCUAAACGAGUAUUUUUACUCCCAUCUCAGUAACCCCUAUCCCAGCGAGGAGGCCAAAGAAGAACUGGCCAAAAAGUGUGGCAUCACAGUGUCACAGGUAUCAAACUGGUUUGGGAACAAGAGGAUCCGAUACAAGAAAAACAUCAGCAAGUUCCAAGAAGAGGCCAACAUGUAUGCAGCGAGGACUGCAGUCAAUGCAACCAGCGUGUCCGCUCACGGCAGCCAGGCCAACUCCCCAUCUACUCCCAAUUCAGCAGGUGGAUACCCUUCGCCAUGUUAUCAGCCAGACCGGAGGAUACAGUGACAGCCUCGCAGCCAGCCAGAUGUACAGUCCACAGGGCAUCAACACAAAUGGUGGCUGGCAAGAUGCUCCGACUCCUUCGUCAGUGACAUCGCCCACAGAAGGACCCGGAAGUGUUCAUUCAGAUACUUCCAACUGAAUAUAUCCAUCUCUACACUCCAUCCACAAAAAAACAAACAAAAAAAACCAUGAACUGACGUUGCUAUUCACAGUAUUAUGAAAAAAAGGAAUUCACUGCCCCACAGUUUGGCGAGGUAGUGUGAAAUCCUAACCAGAAAAAUUAAAUAAUAUUUCCUCUGCUCAUAACGUUGGACUUUUGGGAUACAAACAAAAAGUUUCACAAUAAAAGGAAAAAAAAAAUCAAAAACGAUAUUGCAAUCAAUGGAGAUGUUUGUACAGAUUUCACAUUAUAAUCAGAGGGCUGGGGUUCCUUAUUCACUCGUAAUGUUUUCGCUCAUUAUGAUGAUAAGAUAAAGUAAAGAAAUAAAAUCAUUGGUUUUAACUGAAAAUACAUCAUUCUACCUCUCAGCCACUAAAAAAAAAGUAGAAAAAUGUCAGUGACCAUUAUUUGUUUUGUAAAAAUGAAACUUUUGUCUUUGCGAGCAAGAGGCACAUCUUCUUACUUACAUUUUGUUGUCUCUCACCUAUUCUAUGGUACGCCAUUUAGACUUAAAUAUUGCUCAGUUGUUUACAAUGUGUGCUUGAUAAAAAAAAGUAUGUUCAUCUUCCCCUCUGUCUCCGACGAGUCAAAACCAAGUUCUGUCAGGAGAUUUUUACCUCUAAGGUAACCCUGUGAAGUAUGUUAUCUGUAAAACAAUAAAUAAAUACCUGUCAUCAAAUCAGACAAGCUUGACAUUAUUCAUUAAGAUGCAUUAACCUGGACAGUUUUACACAGUGUUGGCUUUGGUUCUGCAGUUAUUGGUAGUGGCGGUUACAGAAAUGACAGAUUUAACAUGAAAAGUAGGAAUUGUGUCUUUCUCUUGAAAACCAUCUGAACUCUAAUUUAUUGCUGCGAAUUAUGAUCACUCCAAAACAAAUGCAUAAAAAGCAUUUCCUUUCCUGCUCAGUUAUUUCGCUGUUUUUUGGUUUGUUUGUUUGUUUUUUUUUGUUACUCUGUUACUAAUCCUGACCAGCUGAAAGAGAUAUUGCUUUCGCAAAAGUUUGUCAGAGACGUGCGUAACUCGGUUUGUUACAAUCCACUUAAACGGGGAAGUCGUUAUGAUAAUAGGGUUUUACAUGCUCGCACAGUGGAUCUUUGCUCCUGACGCUGCGGCGCAGGCCCACAGAGGCCACUGGUCACCGUCAUGGCGGAAGAAGCACGUGGAUGAACUGCAGCUCAGCUGAGGACAGUUUUGAUGUGGAAGUGAUGUUGCACAUUUUGUUGAAAUGUGUCCUUGUUAGGAUGUUGAUUUACAUAUAACGCAGUACAUUAUUCCACAGCAACUGCUUUAGUAACCCUAGAAUUGACACCGAAACAAAUAUAAAUGUUUAAAUUCAUGCUUGCCUCCGUGCCAUCAGGCUGGUUUCUUUUUUUCAGUAUCAAAGAUUUACAAGAAAACAUUAGCCAUGAAGUACUAAAGAAGGGAUGAGUCAUUCUGUCAAAUAAUGUGUUUUGCUGAGCAGUCUAACUUUGUUUAUAGACACUUUUUAUGUUGUGUGGCCUAUUUGUUUGUACUUGUAUAUUUUUUUUUUAUGGUAUGCUUAAUGUAGGCUCCUUUUUUUUUUCUUAUUCUUGUGAAUUAGCUCAUGGGUUUUCAACAUGUGUUUAUGUGCACCAUUGCUUGACUUGCUUUGUUGGAAAGGGUUUUCAACACAUUAAAAUGAUAUGUAAUACAGA